UGACUCGGCCUUAUUCCGCCGGUUCCUCCAAAAAAGAGAAAUCAACCAUGCAACUAGACUGCCGGAAUUUUUAUCAAUUCCUAUGGGAGAUAAAUUGAGAGAAAAAUUGAGGUCUAUGAAUGUUACUGGAGAAAGGAUUAGAUUUGAAGGCCUAGCUCCACCGGCUCCGACGACGGAGACGGCGAAUUUUCCAGGGGAGACGAUGGGGAGAAUUACAGUGAAUGAUGCUAGGAAAAUUUUGAGGUUUUCUCAGUUGGAGAAAGUGAGAUUGAGACUUAGAUAUGCCGAUGAACUCCAUUUCGUACUCUAAAUUUGUUGAGAUCUGUAGUGAAGUUUGUAGCAACAAAGAACACAGGGUUUGGAGUUUGCAAAGAUGUUGGACGAUUCAGGCAGCGUCAUCAUUUUUGGUGACGUCGUUUUGCUCCGUCCCCAUCAGGUAAAAGUUGCACAGCUAUGGUGAAGAAUAAAUAAGGGAAAUAGAAGAAAAAGUAGAAAUUAAUAAAUUUAUUCUAGCACAUCUAUGGGGUUUGUUUCCCUUGACGUGUAACAAUCCCAUUGGUCAUUUGUUGACUGGAUGGACACGUCUGUGAAUGUGUAAUACACGUGCAUAGGGUCAAGGGUCAAAUGUGUUUAUUAGUUAAGGGUUUCAUGAGUUUGAGUGUUCAAAUGGGAAAGUCCAAAGUUUGUGUAUCGGCUUUCGAAAGCCUUACAAGUUUAAGUGGUCAGCAAGCCAUUUCGCCAAUUUUCAAUGCAGGAAUUGUUGGUCGUAUAUCUCCAAAGACAUUGGCUGCUAUGGAAGUAUUUCUGCAAUCUAUAGCAAUUGAAGAUCAUGAGUCGAUGGCAUCUGAUCUAAUUAACAUGGGUGCUACUGGAAAGGAUGUGGAUUCAAAGGCUUUUGCGAGCGACUUGGAGAAAAUAUUUUUAUCAAUUCAGGAUUUGGAUAUAGAAAUCAUUGUUGCUGCUACAAAUGCAACCGCUGUCGCUGCCAACGUAGUAUUUGAUGAGAGGCAGAUGAAUGCUCUGUUCGGGGACGUGGUUAGAGUUAGUGAAUCUUACGGAUUGAAAUUUCCUCGUGAGUUUGCACUUCUGUUGAAGCAACUUCUCUAUUUUGAUCGAUACACCAUAUUGUUAGCUCCAAAUAUGAAUAUGUACCAAGAUCAAAGGGUCAAGCUUGUCUCUGAUAAAGACAAAGGAACAUAUACCAAUGAUAAUUGUAAGUCGCACCAAGAAAUUGUUGCACGUCCUGAGAUUUUCUACUAUACUGUAUAUAAUACCAAACUUAGACACCAACUUUACACAAUAGAGGACAAAAUAACUGUAUCGGUCAUAUUUUCUGAUGUAUGAUGUUGGUUGAUGUGGAUC